AUGUUGUCCUUCGCCCUCACUGGCAUCGGCCGGCUCGCCUCGACCGCCCGCCUCUUCUCCUCCGCCGCCGUCCAGCAGUUUCCGAAGCUCAAGAGCCAUAGCGGCGCGAAGAAGCGAUGGAGGGCCAUCGCGUCGGGCGUAUUCAAGAGGGCCCAUGCAGGGCAUAAACAUUUGAACGUGCACAAGUCCCCGGCGAGGAAGAACAAGCUCGCGCAGACGGCGUACUCGCAUGGCUCGCAGACGCCGAAGCUGAAGAAGCUGUUGCCGUAUGCAUGA